AACGCGAGCAAAUACAAGUGAGGCGAUCCUGGUUUUUGGUCGAUCACGCUAGUGAGACUCAUACAUCUUUCUUUGAUCUCUUCAGAUAAACCGCAAUUCAAAGGACAAAUCAAAGAGAAUUUUCCAGGAUAUGGGUCUUUGGACAUUGCUGGAAGGCUUUCUGUUUCUUGUAAAUGCAUUGGCAAUACUGAACGAAGAGAGGUUUCUUGCCCCUAAAGGUUGGAACUUCUCGGAGGUCUCAGGAGGUGGGACGAAAUCACUCAAGGGACAGUUUAUGGGAUUAAUCUAUGCAACUCAGUACCUAAGAUUGCCCCUUAUGGCUCUAAAUAUCAUCGCUAUUAUUGUAAAGGUGGUGUCCUGAUGACACCAUUACCCAGUAACAUAUUGUUAGAAAUCUGUUACUCUGUUUUUCCCCCUUUAUUUAGAUUUCAAUAAUACUAGGCUAAAUAUGUGAUACCGAAAAGGUAUGAUAAUGGAAAACUCCUGAUCAAUGA